AUGGGUGCGGGGAAUUCACAGGCGAUGGCGAGGGUGCAGGGCAGUGGCGACCCUACACCGGACGAGCACGCGCUGCGCUGUGAGGGGUGGACGAUGGAGAAGCCCAUACGAUCAUGGUCCGCGUCUGCGAUGACGUGCGUGGAUGACGUCGUGGUGCCGUCUCCGGGACCGGGGCAGGUGCGGGUAAAGAUAUAUGCCGCGUCAGUUAAUCCAAUCGAUGUGAAGCGGCCCACCUUCGGCUGCAGCACCGGCUUCUUCAGCCGGCACGGCGGUGGCGGUGGCGGAGGCAACAGUGCUGGCAGCAACGGCACUAACGUCAGUGAGAGGGCUGCAACGUCAACUCGACGCGCACCGCUCGAGUUCCCUUUUCCCUACGUGAUGGGCACAGAAGGUGCCGGUGUGAUAGAGAGUGUUGGGUGGAACAAUGAUGACCUGCAGCAGCGCGAGCAGUACGGUCUGCAGGUGGGUGACCGCGUCGCCUUUCUUGCAGACAUCGCAAUGGCAAAUGGCGGGACAUUCUGUCAGUAUGCCGUGGUGGAGGCCGAUGCCGUUGGAAGGAUCCCAGCUUCCACCAGCGAGGACGUGAUUGACUUCGUGGAGGCUGCCGCGAUUCCGUGUGCCGUGGGGACGGCGUACGUUGCCCUGUUUGACAAGUUGCGUGUCUCAUCUGGGCGCAGCAUAUUUAUCAGC